UACAGCCCUGCAUCACCCUCUCUCACUCCCAGCAGUUCAGCUUCUACCGUGUCACCACCACAACCCUAAAACCUAGUGCAAGCCUUCACCACAAAUGGCCAACAAGAUCGUCAUCAUUGGCACCGGAUUUGCCGGUGUCUGGAGUGCCCUCUCCGCGCGAUCUUUGAUCGACCAGGCCAAUAAGGCCAGCGAGUUCGAGAUCCUAGUUGUUGCCCCGGAGCCCGUGCUGGUCAUGCGUCCACGCCUGUACGAGUCCAACGCCUCCAGCUUAGUCCACAGCCUUGACGCUCUCUUCCAAGCUGCAGACAUCAAGUUCAUUCCCGGCACCGUCCAGGCCAUCCAUCCCGAUGCGCAGACCAUCGCUGUGCGGCCGACAUCCGGCACCGCAUCGAGCAUCACCAUCACCUACAACCGCGUGAUCCUAGCCGCAGGUAGCUCCGUCAUCCGGCCCGACAGCGUCCCCGGCCUACAGCAACACGCCUUCGAUAUUGACUCGCUAGCCUCCGCCAUCAAACUAGAAGCCCACCUCGAAGGCCUGGCGUCCCGGCCCGCCAGCCCCAGCCGCGACACCGUCGUCGUAUGCGGCGCCGGAUUCACGGGGAUCGAGCUGGCCGCGGAACUCCCCAAGCGCCUCCAACACCUCGCCAACCCCCGCAUCAUUCUCGUCGACAACGCACCGGAGCUAGGUGCCACCCUGGGCGCCGGCCCCCGCCCCACCAUAACCGCCGCCCUGGACGCCCUCGGCGUCGAAACCAAACUAGGCUCAGGCAUCGCUGCCGUCGACCCCUCAGGCGUCACGCUCUCAUCAGGCGAACGCAUCCAAACCAACACCGCCAUCUGGACCGCCGGCGUCAAGGCCACCCCACUAACGCAGCAGAUCCCGGGCCCUCGAGAUCGCUUCUCCCGUCUGCACGUCGACCCGUAUCUACGGGUCCCCUCCGCGAAGGGCGUCUUCGCCUCAGGAGACGCUGCGGCCGCUCUCGCAGACGGCAAACGUAAUUACGCGCUGAUGUCGUGCCAGCACGCGCUGCUGCUCGGCCGGGUAUCCGGCUACAACGCGGCCGCGGAGCUCCUGGGCCAACCGCUUGUGGAAUACUCGCAGCCAGCGUAUAACUGUUGUCUGGAUCUGGGGCCGUGGGGGGCGGUCGUGGCGGGCGGCUGGGAUGAGAAGAGGGUGAAAGUUUCUGGUGAUUUGGCGAAGCGUGUUAAGAUGCGUAUCAAUCAGGAGUUGAUUUAUCCGCCUGCUGGUCUUGAGGAUGCGCUGGCGUUGGCUGGGCCGGUGCAGCCUGAUUCUGAUCGGUUGUUUGAGCAGUUGAUUCGGGUGGUGGGUUAGUGAUUUUGAGGAUGGUUCUCAUCGCCCAUCUUCAUCAUGGGAAUGUGCGCGGGAUGCUUU